AAACUGAGGUUAUCCGUGAAACUCGUGCCGGCUGGCUGAAUCGACCGUCUCAUCCCCCCUUCCCCACCCAUUUUCUUUUGUUUCUUGACUGUAUUCUUUUAAUUUAAUAUUUUCUCCCACCCUCUUCUUCUUCACAAUGUCCAUCUGGGAUUCGUUCGGUGGCCGCAAGCAGUCCAAGGGCCCCGAAUUCGACGCCUCGUCCGCCCCGGAUGCCAGCUCCUUCUUCUCAGACGUCGCCAUCCCCGACCCGACGCAGCUUCAUCCUCUGUCCGGCUUGAACCAAGAUACCCUUGACUACAUUACUCUCGAAGAUUCCGCCCUCGACGAGCUGCCCGGCUCGCGAUCAGUCCUUCCGUCCCGAGGAUGGUCCGACGACCUGUGUUACGGCGCCGGCACCACCUAUCUCGCUGCGCUGACUGUGGGAGGAGCCUGGGGUCUGGCCGAAGGAUUGAAUAAGACCCCCGUGACCGCGCCCCCCAAGAUUCGACUGAACGGCGUCCUGAACUCGAUCACGCGACGAGGUCCGUUCCUCGGCAACUCCGCCGGCGUGGUAGCCAUGGUAUACAACGGUUUCAACUCCGGGAUUGGCUAUGCUCGCGGCAAGCACGACUCUGCUAACAGCAUUGUGGCCGGUGCCUUGAGUGGCAUGAUUUUCAAGAGUACCCGGGGCCUGAAGCCGAUGAUGAUCUCCGGUGGCAUCGUGGCGACGAUCGCCGGUGGCUGGGCGGUUUGUGCACCCUGGCUUGUUCUUAAAUCUCUCUCGCUCCAAUGGUAUUGAUCGCUAACUGAGGAACAGGUCGUGAGAAAGACUUUCUUCUAAUCGCCAACUUGCCCGAAUCCCUCGCAGAACGAGCCGAGUCAACCUCCUUAUGUCCACCGUCGUUUUCAGCAAAGCGGGAGGGUGUUGUAUUAUUUAACUCUUCGUUUUUUUUUUUUUUUCUUCUUUUUCUUGUUCACGCUGUAUUAGAACGAUUCUUUUUUCGUCCUCGAAUAUCUUCGCUCCG